AGGCAAGCAGGCAAGCAGGCAGGCAGGCAGGCAGACACCAGCAGCCCGGCAGGAGAAGAGGAGGAGGAGGAGGAGGGCGGCCGAGGCGUCGCGAGAAGGCCCACAGACGACGACGACGACGAGGAGGAGGAAGAGGAGGCAGAAGGGAGAGGGCGCCUUUGGACGUCUCCUCGCCACCAGCGAAGGUGAAGGAGGAAUUCUAGAAGAAGAGGCACAAGUAGCUUGCAACCAUGCCAUUUCCCUUUGGCAAAUCACACAAGUCUCCUGCAGACAUAGUGAAGAAUCUAAAGGAGAGUAUGGCGGUACUAGAAAAGCAAGAUAUUUCUGACAAGAAGGUAGAAAAGGCAACUGAAGAAGUUUCAAAAAAUCUAGUUGCCAUGAAAGAAAUUUUAUAUGGCACGAAUGAAAAGGAGCCUCAGACAGAAGCUGUGGCCCAGCUAGCUCAGGAGCUAUACAACAGUGGUCUUCUUAGCACCCUUGUGGCUGAUCUGCAGCUGAUUGAUUUCGAGGGUAAAAAAGAUGUGGCUCAGAUAUUCAACAACAUUCUGAGAAGACAGAUUGGUACAAGAACACCCACAGUUGAAUAUAUCUGCACUCAGCAAAAUAUACUGUUCAUGCUGUUGAAGGGAUACGAGUCUCCAGAAAUUGCUUUGAAUUGUGGAAUCAUGUUAAGAGAAUGCAUCAGACACGAACCACUGGCAAAAAUAAUCUUGUGGUCGGAACAGUUUUAUGACUUCUUCAGAUACGUGGAAAUGUCAACAUUUGAUAUUGCUUCAGAUGCAUUUGCCACUUUUAAGGAUUUACUUACAAGGCACAAGUUGCUGAGUGCAGAGUUCUUGGAACAGCAUUACGAUAGGUUCUUCAGUGAAUAUGAGAAGUUGCUUCACUCAGAAAACUAUGUGACAAAACGACAGUCUCUUAAGCUGCUUGGUGAAUUGUUGUUGGAUAGGCACAACUUUACAAUUAUGACAAAAUACAUCAGUAAACCUGAAAAUCUCAAGCUCAUGAUGAACCUUUUACGAGACAAGAGUCGCAACAUUCAGUUUGAGGCCUUUCAUGUCUUUAAGGUGUUUGUAGCCAACCCAAACAAGACGCAGCCCAUCUUAGAUAUUCUUCUAAAGAACCAGACCAAACUUAUUGAGUUUCUCAGCAAGUUUCAGAAUGACAGGACCGAAGACGAACAAUUUAAUGACGAGAAGACCUAUUUAGUUAAACAGAUCAGGGAUUUGAAAAGACCAGCGCAGCAAGAAGCUUAAUCUCCUAUAAAUCCCUAAAAUAUUAAAUCCAAAUUCAGCAUUUGCUGUUAGAUAUUCAGCAUCAGGCACUCUUAUCAAUUCAUGAGGAACAUUACUGCUAAUCUGCUGUUCAGUGAACAGUGUUUGUUUUUCUCUCUUUAUUUUUUAGUCCAAGUUGACAAACCUAGCUGCUGCUUUCUUGCACAAUGUGGACUUUUCUUGGUAUUUGUGUCUGAAUUCAAGCACACUGCUUGUUUUUAGAAGUCUGGGGGGAGGGGGAGAUGAUUGGCUCAUGAAAGCAAACCUAUAGAUGGUAGUUUGAGAUAGGAGAGAAGGUGUUAGAGUAGUUUAAGUGAUGGGGUGCAUGCUUGCAAAUCUGAUUCAAUCCGUACGUUUGCACUUAACCUUGUAUGAGAUGCGAGCACAAUGUGAUCUGUGCAUAUUUGGCACCAUAGUAUAAGAUUGUAUGCCUUGAUUUUUUAAAAAAAUGUGCAGUGCUUUAUUUGUAAUCAAAGGGGAUAUGUAUCUUAAGAUGUGAGCUUACUGGGAUGAACAGUUGUCUUGCAAAUAAAACUGAUACAGAAACAUAGCAACUUCUCGAAGAGUGAAAUCUCCAAGUUCAUAAGGAAAAUGUAUAUAUGCCUUUCACUGCUUUAUGGGUUUUCUUUGUUUUUGUUUUGGAAAGAGUGAUUUUUCUGAGAACUGAGUUAUAGACUUGGAAAUGUGUUAUAAGGGUUUUUGUUCAUCUUACUUCAAAGGCGUUUCAGGCAGUAGAACUUAGCAGUGACGCUUCGCAUUUCAUUUCAAUGCUUGUUGUUUUCUUUUGUAUAUAACUCCUGGGCUGCUCAUUUCUUUUAAAAUGAUUUAAUUUGUACAGCAGAGGAAUGUUAAUGUAUUAGUCUGUAACUUUUACCUGAUAACUGAGUUUUGCAUAAUGAAAGCUCAUUAUAAUGGAUCACAUGAAAAUGCUGAUUUCACAUUUCUUAAAUACUGCAGCAUCAAAAGGAAGAGAACCCUUUUUUCCUGUAUUUUCUGGUCUAAUCGGGUGCCAUCCGUUAGGAUAGACUAAUACGUAGUGCUGGAACCCACUAACCUAUAUUCUUCAGUGUUGGCCUUAUCCAUUCAUAUUAGUGCUGUGUUCAGCCAAUUACAAAUUAUGAAGAUUAUGCUAAAUUAAUAUCAGUUUGUUUUUCUUGUGAGUAUAUAGAGAACCUCUCUUCUGUUCAUAUAGCUAAUAUUCAGUAUGAUAGUUGUGACAGUAAGUAACUUACAAUUGCCCUUUACAUCAGAACCCAUAAUUUCAUAACUAUCCUUAUGUCAAUAUCUUGUUCCUUAAUGCUGCAAACUAUCAGUAUUUAUUUUUAAAAAGACUGAUUUUGCACCACUUUUUGUUACUGUGAUCAUAACAAAAAUGCUAAGUGUAUCUAAACUAUGUUAUCAAAAUUGUAUCUAUUAAUCUAAAUAGUAGUUCUGAAAUCACAACCAACCAAUCUUACAGAUAAAAAGUAUGAACGUUCAGAUUCUGCAUGAUUGAACCUGACUGAGAAUGCUAUACAAUUAUUUAUUGCUUUCUAGCUUCUUUCUUGUUAAAUUAUUUCAUCAAUAAUUAAACUAAUAUCCUGAUUGACAUUUUAGCAAAUUUUUAAAGCCUUCAUGAAGGAAGUAAGAAAAUAUCUCCAGCAAAUGUGAUUCUGGUAAUAAUGGAUAUCUCAGCAUUGUCAUGCUUCCUUGGAAAUCAUACAUAACCUGUCCUUUGCAAAGUGAUUCAAAUGUCUAUUGAAAGAAGAAUCUGUAAUCGCAAACCUCUUAAAUCAUUCACAUAGACCAUAAAACGGGCCAUGAGAUAUUGUAGUUCAGUACUCUGUCCUUUUUUAUAUUUUGGUUUAUCGUAGUUAAGAGGAGGAAAAUAUUCCUUGGCAAGUUAUUCUCCAUUAUGUGUAAGGCUUCCAUUUUAGGGGGGGAAAGUAGAAAUGCUAAACGUUCUGUAUGUGUGUAUAUAAAGAAGUUAAAAGAUGGGUUUGGAUAUUGGUUUUGCUUCUCUGCUCUUCGGCAUGGGGAAAGUGGCUCAAACUUUUUAAAAACAUUAAUCCUUGGAUUGUUGGCAUUAAAAAAGUUGUAUUUAAGACCAUUUGAUGUGCUAUUCAUAUUAAAAAAAUAUUGUACUGGAAGUGGUUUCUUAUCUGUGUGAAAGGCUUACAGAUAUGACUAAAAGUUAUUUAAUGUGAGUUUUUUUU